AUGUCUUUUCUGCAAGUCUCUCAAGAUAGUCAUUUUCCUUUACAAAAUCUGCCAUAUGGAGUGUUUUCAACAUCUGUUAAUGUGAGUACAUUGAAUGGUGUUCUUUUAAUAGAAUCGAUUUUCUCUUGAAGUGUUGCUAUGCGUCCCUUUAUCUUUUAGCCAAGGCAUCGCAUUGGAGUUGCAAUAGGCGAACAUGUCUUAGAUUUGUGUGGAAUUUCUGAAUUUUUC